AAUGGACGCUGAAAUCACAAUCUUUGAUAAAAUCGUAUCUGGAUAGAUAAAAGCAAAUAUUGUUUAUUAAGAUGACCAAGUAAAAUUAAUCCAUAUUUAGUGCCUUGCUUUUCAUGAUGUCAAUCCAUAAGCUCCUGUGCAUAUUCUAUUAAUUCCAAAACAGCGAAAUGGAUUGACAUAAUUAUCAAAAGCUCAAGAACACAAUAAGGAAAUCUUAGGCCAUUUAUUGUUUACUGUCACAAAGAUUGUAGAAUUAGUGGAUGAAUUAAAGAAAGGAUUCAGAAUUGUAAUUAAUGAUGGUGAGAAUGGAGGUUAGAGUGUUUGGCAUCUUCAUAUUCAUAUAAUUGGAGGAGAAUAAUUAACUUGGCCUCCAGGAUCUAGUGGAAGCUAAAAGAAGUGAC